AUGUUACCGUCUUUUGAUAAUUUUCAUUUUUAUAAUCGUAAAAAUCAUUCCACUACCACCAGUUCUUCUACUACUGCUGCCACCACCAAUUCAUCCACCAAUUCAUCAUCUACUACUGCUAACAAGUCAAAGAAAAGAUCCAUAGACAAAUCAGAUGCUCCACGUCCUUAUGCAUGUACAAUGUGUUCUAAAGCUUUCUUUAGAUUGGAACAUCAAACUCGUCAUAUUCGUACUCAUACUGGUGAAAAGCCACAUCAUUGCGAUUUUCCUGGUUGUGGAAAAAAAUUCUCGAGAUCUGAUGAGUUGACAAGACACAAACGUACUCACAACGGCAAUAAAAAAGAUAAACGCAAACAAUUAAACUCUCAAAGUAGAAGUAAUAGUAAUAGCUCUUCUACAAGCACUGAAAGUUCUUCUAGUUCUUCUACUGCUAUUUCAAUCCCUGCUAAUAAUACUCAUAGUUGUUGUUUAACUUGUUUAUCAUUAUCGUCGUCAACUCCUUCUCAACAACAAAAAUUUCAAGAUUUUAAUUUGAUUGACCAACCGGUUAAAAAACGUCGUGUCAAUCCUAAUUAUAAUAAUAAUCAUAACGACGAUUAUUUGUUAUCACCACCUUUAUCUGAAACUGCUACAUCACCGCCACCUUCUUCAUUAUACUAUAACAAUAUUCCUUCACCACAAAUGUGUGUUGAUAAUGGAUCAGAUGAAGAACAUGAUCUAAUGACUCCAAAUCAUUCACCCCAUACUUCUCCUACUUUAGGACCUCGAGUUGUAGGAUCAGAUCAUUUCAAUAAUCAAGAUUCAAAUCAUUUCAAUCGUCUUCCAUCUCCACCAUCUUCUUCGGCAUUCCACAAUCAUAAUAAUGUUAGUAGCAAUGGUCAUUGUAGUAGUGUAUUAGUGAUAUUGUAA